AAACAGAGAUCCAGACAUGGUGCCUACAAUCACUGCAGCAAUGACCAACUCUCAGGAGCCUCACACUCUGACCCACAAGCUCAGAAAGCCUCUGGUGGAGAAGUUAAGCAGAGAGCGAAUCAACAGCAGCAUUGAGCAGAUCAAGUCUCUCCUGGGUCCAGAGUUCCUCAAACAGCAGCCAGACUCCAAGCUGGAGAAAGCAGACAUCCUGGAGAUGACAGUUUGUGUCCUGAGACGACUGCAGCAGCAGAAUGAAAAGCAGAGAAAACUGCUGAACCACGUCAACAAGAUGCAGUGUUCCUCUGAUAAGAACCUGAGAGAGGCUGACUUCUCUCUGCUGAGCUCCACAGUCCAGACCAGCAUCACCAAAGAGAAGAGUCCAGUCAACAGCGCCCCCUGGAGGCCGUGGUAGACCCCUACUGACAGGAGUUACGACAAGACAAACUGAGAUGACCAUAUUGGUCAAAGGUUACUGGAAGUGAAUUCUUCUGAAUUACUAAGAACUUUUUCUUCUGUUUGUACAGAAGGUUGGUUUUGUUUGUUUUCUUUAUGCAAGAUGACAUGUCCUGAGGAAAUGACAACAACUAUAUCUUUCAAUUUAAGAAAGAGAACAUCUUGUCAUGCAUGUUGCAUGAACCAAAUCUGGUUGAAUUUGCAAUUAUAAUUAUAAUACUCUGUACUUCAUGUAUUGGCAGAUUACAGCGCUAUGGUUACAUUUGUAAUCCUCAAAUUGUUGUUGAUCAUUUUGAUCAGAAACUUUAACUGUUCUUUUUUAAACAUAUGUCAAGUUUAGAAACAGAACAUCUUGUCAUGCAUGUUGCAUGAACAAAACUGAAUGCAACAGACAUUGAUAUA